GGGAUUCCGGUAUGAGCUUUUAUCAAAUGCAACUCACUCAAUUUCACACCCGCCGGCCAAAUCAUAUUACCCGCUACACCUCCACAUUGCCCUGCCCUGCCAUAUUCAAAAGGUCUGGCAACGAUAACCCAGAAUAAAGACAGCAAUGGACAAUACCCUGCCAGAAGAGGUGGAAGCUUACCUUGCGGAACUGGUCAAGCGACUCACGGUUUACCUGAAAGACCAGCUUGUCGGGGUAUAUCUACUUGGUUCUGCGAGUUAUGACGCCUACGAGCCUGGCCUCAGCGACCUUGACGUACAGGCUAUAGUGAAGGAUCAGCUUGACACCGCUGAGAAGCAGGCCGUCAUACGCCGCUUGAACCAGGCUGCCUUGCCUUGCCCGGCCACAAAACUCGAGUUUGUGGUCUAUACUCAAAGCGCUGUGUAUCCGGCCAGCCGUCACCCUCGUUUCGAACUUAAUUUGAACACAGGACUUCACCAGCCGGAUCAUAUCAGCCUUGAUCCCGCUAACGAGUCAAGCCACUGGUUUUUGCUCGAUAUUGCUAUGGGACGUGAACUUGGCCGUAACCUGUACGGUCCUGAUACAACCGACGCUUUCGGCGCUAUCCCUCGACGCUGGGUUUUGGAAGCAAUCGCGAAUUCGCUCGAUUGGCAUCAAGCAAACGAAGUAAACUCGGCCAACAGCGUUCUCAACGCUUGUAGAGGCUGGCGAUUCAUCGUCACGGGCGAAUUCUCUUCUAAAUUGGACGGGGCCAGAUGGGCCAUACAACAACAGGGCUGUCCAGACAUUGUCAGACAUGCCAUUGCAGCACGCAAAACAGGCGACGAACUCCCUGCGGACCAGGUAAUGACACUUUACGAUAUUGUUGUGACAGCCAACCGUGCCAAACUCGCAACAGAUAUCUAAUGAGUCUUGCCCCUAUCUACGACAGUACGUGAGCCAUCUUAGUCAGGAGCAGGUGUGACAAUGAAGCUAUUCAUUUUUUUUUUUUUUAUU